AUGUCGCGGCAGAGAUCCAAAAGAUUUGAACUUCCUCCCGGUCAAGAGAAUGUUGAUAAAUUGGAGAAAGUUGUAAAAGAUGGGAAUUAUUAUGGAGCUCAACAGAUGUAUAAAUCCAUCAGUGCCAGAUAUGUAACUGCUGAGAGGUACUCUGAAGCAUUGGAUAUCCUACAUUCAGGAGCAUGCCUUCAAUUGGCUCAUGGACAGGUUACCUGUGGAGCAGAGCUUGCUUUGUUGUUUGUGGAGACUUUAGGGAAAGGGAAAAUUCCUUAUGAUGACGAAACUCUUGAACGUCUCAGAAAAAUAUACGAGGGAUUUCCACGGGUUCCACUGCCACAACACCUGUGGGAUGUCGAUGACAUGCAGCAACUUUCGGAAAAUCUUGGAAGUGCAAAGAUGCGUGUUGAGGGCUGUUCCUCAUUCUUAAAAGCUGCUAUCAAGUGGUCUGCUGAAUUUGGAACAAAUAGUAGUGGAGCUCCAGAACUGCACAUACUUCUGGCUGAGUACAUAUUUUCUGAAAGUCCAGAGGUGGAUAUGACUAGAGUGACAUAUCAUUUUGUGAGAGGAAAUGAUCCGAUCAAGUUCGCUACUAAUUUAGUGAGCUUUUUGGGCAGGUGUUAUCCCGGUGAAGAUGAUUUGGCCAUUGCUCGGGCUGUGUUAAGGUAUUUAUCUUUAGGUAAUUUGAAGGAUGCAAACAUACUAGUGGAUGAGAUAAAGAAGCAAACUCAAGCUUCCGAGGUUGAGUUUCCAAAGACAGACUUGAUGCAAUUCAUCAAUUUUCUUUUGCAAACGAUGGAAAGAGAUGCUUUUCCUCUUUUUAAUAUGUUGAGAGCAAACUUCAAAGCAUGUAUCGAGAGGGAACCUGCCUUCAAUGAGUUGCUAGACGAUAUUGCGGAGAAGUUUUACGGCGUACAGAGAAGGAACCCCAUGGGGAUGUUUGGAGAUAUAUUCAAGAUGAUGGGAGCUGAGUAG